CGUCCUCUUCUGCAUUGCAUUCUGCUCAGUGGGUGGGUCAUUUAUUUUUUUAAGUUUUUAUUGUCAGUGGGAGUGUCUAACCUCUACAUAAACAGCUUAGUUCAGAGGAAGUGAGAUCUGUGAAGAGUCUUGUGCUUCACUUGGACGAUACAAGAUGCAGGGAGUUACUUUAUGGCUGCUGGUGGGAGUGUGUGUCUGGGACUUCACAGCCUGCUCCAUCGCAUGCCAUGAUGGCAGCAGCUGUCCUGAUAAUAACACCUGUUGCUUGACUGAAAGUGGAUAUAAGUGCUGUCCAUAUCCAGAUGCUGUGUGCUGCUCUGACCUGGCCCACUGCUGCCCUGCGGGGUAUCGCUGCGUCCUGACCACCAAGACGUGUGAAAGAGUAAACCAGCCCUGGAUCAAGAUGCCAAUGGUUAAGAAGAUGAGUGCAGAGCCAAACAAACCUGUUCUACCUGAGUCUCCUCAGAUUACCCAGGAAGUGGAGCGUCAUACUGACUCGGACGAGAAAGCGAGUCCUCUUGUCUUCUGCGACAACUAUCACGCGUGUCCUGAUGGAACUACGUGCUGUAGAAGCCCACAAGGCUUCUGGUUCUGCUGCCCAUACUCUCCUGCUUGGUGCUGUGUGGGUGGCUCCCGCUGUUGUCCAUUGGGCUACGACUGUGACAUCACUCAAACGCAUUGUGUGAAACAAAACCUGAGAUUUCCCUUCACCCCCAAAUUAAGUCUGUCGGCAUUUCCAGCCUCACGCAUUUCAGCUUUGGAAGAUGAACGUUUGAAGGAGACACCUAUGACAGCUCUAACAGAGGCCAGCGACGGUCCCUUUGGAGUUGGAGUCAUUCGUUGCGAUUCCUCGUUUUACUGUCAAGCAGGACAAACAUGCUGCAAGACGGUAGCAGGCCAGUGGAGCUGCUGUCCCUACCCACUGGGCAUGUGUUGCAAGGAUGGCGUGCACUGCUGUCAGUAUGGCUACACCUGUGGCCCGUCCUCCUUGACCUGCAGGUCACGUUACUCUCAGCUCCCAUCAGGAAAAAAACAAGAUGCCAAAACAGAUUUUUAAAAUGCACUGUGCCAAAUGUAAUCAAAAUAUUGAAGUUGUUCAUCAUUUCACUUUCUUGGACAUGAAUUGCACUGAACAAGCUGAUGUAUCAUUUGUGGCAUGUCAGCAUUUUAUACUUAAUGUUCUUGUGAUCAAAUCUUAAUAGCUGAAUAAAGCACUCUCAUAUUUUUCAUUAAA